AUGGCGGGCAAAGCACCUUCGGACGAGCUCAAGAAGCUGAGCGUCAACGAAGACGGUAGCGCCAACGGCAAAGCAGCUGCCGCAACGAACGGCGCAAACGGUGGCGAUGCCGCAGAAAACUCCGGCGAGGACUCCGGGGACGAUGCCGAUGAUCAGGCGGUAGAGGCCGCACCUGAAGCCGCGAAAAAGAAGAAGAACAAGAAGAAGAAGCCCAAGAAGAAGAAGAAGGCUCCUACCGCCCAGACCGACCCGCCGAGCGUCUUGAUGUCUCAGCUCUUCCCGAAUAAUACCUACCCGAAGGGCGAGGAAGUCGAGUACCUGAACGAGAACAGCUACCGUACCACCAACGAGGAAAAGCGACAUCUAGACAACAUCAACAGCGACUUCCUCUCCGACUACCGUCAAGCUGCCGAAACUCACCGUCAAGUCCGACAGUGGGCGCAGAAGAACAUCAAGCCGGGCCAGAGCCUGACCGAGAUCGCGAAUGGUAUUGAGGACAGCGUCCGCAGACUGGUGGGUCACGAUGGAUUGGCGGAGGGCGAUGCUAUCGUUGCUGGCAUGGGAUUCCCCACAGGACUGAACCUCGACCGGAUUGCAGCACACUACAGCCCGAACCUGGGCAACAAAACGGUGCUGCAGCAGAGCAAUGUCAUGAAGGUCGAUAUCGGUGUCCACGUCAAUGGCCGCAUCGUCGACAGUGCCUUCACCAUGUCAUUCGACCCCAUGUACGACAAUCUACUGGCAGCAGUGAAGGAUGCCACGAAUACGGGAGUCAAAGAGGCCGGUAUCGAUGUGCGCCUUGGCGAGCUGGGUGGCUACAUCCAAGAAGCCAUGGAGAGCUACGAGUGUCAGAUCAACGGCACCACGUACCCGAUCAAGUCGAUCCGCAACCUCAGCGGCCACACCAUCCUGCCGUACAGCAUCCACGGGACCAAGAGCGUCCCAAUCGUCAAGUCGGCUGACACGACGAAGAUGGAGGAGGGCGAUGUCUUCGCCAUCGAGACCUUUGGAAGCACCGGUAACGGCUACGUUCAUGACGAAGGAGAGGUCUCACACUACGCGCUUAAGAGUGAUGCGCCGAAGGUCGACUUGCGUCUAUCAUCGGCCAAGUCGCUUCUGAAUGUCAUCAAGAAGAAUUUCUCUACCAUUCCGUUUUGCCGGAGAUACUUGGAUAGACUGGGCCAGGAAAAGUACCUACUCGGCUUGAACAACCUCGUCCAAUCUGGUAUCGUCGAGGACUAUCCGCCUCUGGUGGACAAGAAGGGGUCAUACACGGCCCAAUUCGAGCACACAAUACUGCUCCGACCUACGGUGAAGGAAGUCAUUAGUCGCGGUGACGACUACUAA